CCUAAAGAAGAGGUACAUGAAGGUCUUUCUCUCUAUCAACAAGCAAAAUCAAAAGCUCCACAAGAGGAAGGUCAAGAGUAGUUGACCUCUGACCAUCACAGGUGGAUGUGCUCUUCGUGAACUUAGGAUCACAAAGGCAUUCCGGGAAUGGAUGUCAAGGGCAAGGUGGCAAGACGAUGGGAGGAUAUAGCUGCCAAAAAGAAGUCUGGCACAUCCCUCAACUUAGUGCAAGGGGUUUCUCGACACCUACGUGAUGAGCAGGAAGCUGUGCAGAAGCGAACUUUCACAAAAUGGAUCAACUCUCAUCUAGCAAAGUGCAAUCCUCCUUUAGUGGUCUCUGAUCUCUUUGAAGAUGUUAAAGAUGGAGUGAUGCUGCUAGCUCUUCUUGAAGUCCUGUCCGGUCACAAACUGCCAUGCGAACAGGGCCGCAAGCUGAGGAGGAUCCACUGGGUUGCUAACGUGGGAAGAGCGCUGAAGUUUCUGGAGGGCAGGAGGUCGGCCUACAGAGGAUCUCCGAUUAAACUAGUUAACAUCAACACAACAGAUGUGGUAGACGGCAGACCCUCGAUUGUGCUGGGGUUGAUAUGGACCAUCAUCUUAUAUUUCCAGAUAGAGGAGCUCACCAGUCAUCUACCAGCCUUACAACCUCAGUCUAGCAGCAAUUCAUCAGUGGAAAGCUCCAACAGCACGGAGACCAGCAGCCCACCUGUCAAACGCAAGCCCCGCCUUUCUUUUCAGGGUGGGGCCAAGAGAGCCCUGCUCAAAUGGGUCCAGACCACAGCAACAAAGAGAUUGGGUCUGGAUGUGAAGGACUUUGGCCCAAGCUGGCGCACAGGGGUGGCUUUUCAUGCUGUCAUCUUUGCUUUGCGACCCCAUCUGGUUAAUAUGGAACGUGUUUGGAGGAGACCCAACAGGGAUAACCUAGAAGACGCCUUCUCAUUGGCUGAGAGAGAACUGGGCAUCCCACAAUUGCUUGACCCUGAAGAUGUGGAUGUGGAUAAGCCAGACGAGAAGUCCAUCAUGACAUAUGUGGCACAGUUUCUGAAGCAUCACCCAGACAGCCAAGAGACAGAGAUUGGGCAGCAUCAAGAGGAGUUUUAUCUUGCUCCUCGAGCCAUUGAGGAAAUGUUAGAGAGGGAGCAGCGUAAGACACUGAGGGAGCUGAGAGCGUGGGCAGAUCAGUUGGAGAGAGACUGUGCUCAAGGCCAGAGGAAUGGAGGAAGUCCUGUUGCGCAGUACCAGACAUUCAAGCAUUAUCGUGUACAGUUUGAGGUGCAGAGAAGACAAGUGGAAAAAUGCAUUCAGUCCAGUCAGAAGGAUGGCAAGCUGACCGCAGAUCAGGCUCUGGUCAAACAGGCCUGGGAGAGACUGUCUGCAAGGCUUUUGGAUUGGCAUCUACAGCUGGAUAGUGGUUUGCCUCAUCCUCUGGGGCAAGUUGGAGUGUGGUUACAUCAGGCAGAGAAGAUCCUACGAGAGGAGCUGGUCCCUCAGCAAGUCCAUGAUGAGCCUGCCAAAGCCAUUCACAAAAAGCGACUACAUGACCAGGAGAUCUUAAGGCUUCUUGAAAGACAUAAGCAGACCUUGCAGUUAAUACACAGAGACAGAUGUGUUAAUAAUGUCCCCAUUCCCAUGGAACAACUGCAAGAUAUGGCAGAGAGAUUAAAUUACAUAUCUACCUCCUCCCACGUUCACUUGAGCAAACUGGAAUUCUGGGAGUCAAAAUACUCUAUGCUGGCAUUUUUGACACUAACCGAGUCCAAGCUAAAAUCCUGGAUCAUUAAAUAUGACCGACUGGAAUCAAUGGAGCUUUUGCUUCAAAGCUAUGGUGAUUUUGUGGAGGGGCAGCAGUUCUUUGAGAAGUAUGAAUCCAGCCACCAGGCUCUUAUAAAUGCUGCAGAGCUCUACAUUAAAACAGACAGCUCAGUUGAGGGAGGGGUAAAGCUCUUUCUGCGAGAGGUAUCUGAUCAGUGGAGGAGUUUGUCGGUGGAGGUGCGAAGCGUAAGGUCUAUGCUGGAGGAGGUGCAGUGUAACUGGCUGAGGUACAACAGCUGCGUGGCCUCAUUGCAGGCCUGGCUGGAGGACGCUCAGGGGGCUCUCAGACAACCCGAGAACACCAAACGGGUAUUUUUUCGUAAUCUUUGGAUGGACCAGCAUGCUGCUAUGAAUGAUGCAGGAAACUUUCUGAUUGAGACUUGUGAUGAAAUGACAUGUGACAUAAAACAUCAGCUCCUGCUUCUUAAUGGAAGAUGGAGGGAACUAUUUCUGAUGGUCAAACAGUAUGCUCGUCUUCCUGAGACUCAUAAGGUGAGGAUGCAACAGGAUGUCAGCUUAGACAUACAAGAGUUUCUGGACACGUCCAUUUCCAAACUUUCCUCACCACUUCAAGUGUCAUUAUUGGAUGUUAAAGACUUUAUGCAGGAUGUUGAGGACAUUAAGCACAGGCUGCCUGGUUUGGAAGCACAAUAUAAGGCGGCUCCUCGCUCGGCACAGCUUCUGGCCAAAGACUCUGUUCAUGGUAGUGGAACUAAAGCACUUCUUCUUGUAACAGCCACCGAAGCACAGCUCCAUCAGCUGAAAGAAAAGUGUCCUUUAAUUUUGAGGGAGUGCCAGGCUCUAUGUCCUCUGUUAGAGGAGUUAGAGAAACAAAUCUCAGCUUUCUACCAGACAGCGGAGCAUGCUGGACACAUCAUCACACAGCAACACAACCAGGAAAUGUGCCAGGAGCUGCAAACUCAACAGCAGACCUGUAAGCGUUGUGUUUGCGCUGUGGAGUGCAGUUACAUGUCCCUACAGAGGGCACUGUGCUGUACGAAAUCUCUACACGAUUUUGACAUGUCUCUUCUGCAGAACAGAGUAACCGAGAUUCAGACCACUGCACAGGCUCUGAUGCAGGAGGCUUUAGAAUGGAGGCAGGUGGCACAGACUAAUGGCAGCCUCAUGCGGAGGUAUGAAGAGUCUCGUGCUGACCUGGAGAAGGCGCUGCGUGUGGGCCAGGCCUGUUUAAAGGAAAGGGGAGACCCAGAUGAGCUGUUCCGCAAACAUAAUGAGUUCUUUGGGCGACUGGACCAGCAUAUUUUAAGUGCUUAUUUAAAGGCGUGUGAUGACCUCACUGAUAUCAUCUCUGAGGAAGACCAACAGAGUCUGCGGGAGACAGUCAGACGACUGCAUAAGCAAUGGAAGGACAUUCAAGCCGAGGCCCCAUCCCAUCUGCUCAGACUCCGGGUCGAAACAGAGAGGCGUUUGGUGAUGACCAUCUUACAGGAGUGUUGGGCAGAGCUGAAAAGGGAGGACAAGGCCCUGCUCAUAGACGGCAGUGAAAAAAUUAUCAAAGAACACCGGGCCUUUUUCAAACAGAAAAACCCACUUUCUGUUUGUGAGAAGCGACUAAAGACAAUGGAGCAUCUCUGUCAGGAUCUUCUAGAGAAUGACAAAGGCUAUCAAAUGCUGGAGGAGACCAGAGAUCAUCUUUCAGAGGUCAGGGGUUUAGUAGAACGAACAUACUUGAGACUACAACAGGACCCGGAUAAAUGGAUAGAGUGGCAUGCCAGGUUCAGUGAGCUGUCUGGAUGGCUUCUUUUCCAGCAGACGACUCAGAGUGGUGCUGAAAUCUCCUCUGUCCAGGUGAGCUCACCCCAAAUCAACAUGAUUAAUGCUCAGGGUGAGUCUCUGGACUGGCUCAAAGCUCGUCUUGCUGUCCUGGAGGACAUAAGUCCUGAGAGUGAGGGCCACACACAGAGAGCUGCUCUUGAUAAACUCUCACAACAGUUUUCUGCACUGCUGCUGUCUCUGUCUGAGGAUGUUCCUGUUGCAGGGGCCAGUGAUGGGAACAUAGAGGCUGGAGAGCAGUUGAAGGAGGAGGUGAUCCAGACACAGGAGCACAGAAGAAUACUGAACGCAGUGAAUGUAACAGAGGCCAAACAGCUGCUCCUCAUUUACCAGCAAAAUAUGAAAACCCAGCAAAAAAAAGAGACAGAUCUCCGUUCUCAAAGUAAUUUCUGUAAAGAAGACCGGGCAGCUCAGGAGAAACACCUGCAGGUCACUGUGAGUGCAUGGCAGGAGUUUGACAUGGAGAGAGAGGCCAUCUGGCAGUUUGUGUGUCUUGUGAGUCCUGUCCUGCAGAGGGAGCUCAUCUUCAGCAGCCUGGACAACUUCAAGAUUGAAAUGAAAAAUGUUAAAGAGCUUCAUGAGCAGGGUAACAUGUUUGCUGUCAGAGCUGAGUCACUGGUGAAGAAGGCAGGAGAUAUUAAACUCGGUCCUCAGAAUCAGUCUUUACUACAGGAUCAGGCCCAGUCCACAAAAGAGAGACUUCAGGAGAUACAGGCCAGCCUCAGGAAAAUCAUGUCAGAUCUGGAGAUGAUGCACAGAUGGUGGCAAGGUUUCAGCCGUGAGUCUGAGGCUUUCUUCUCUUGGGUCUGUGAAAGUAAGAAGGAUCUUGAAGCUUUCAGCAGAACCUCUGCCAACCUGGAUGAGCAGAUAAACAAUGUGGAGAUGCUGAAGAAGGGCUUAGAGGAGAAGAUGGACGUCUUUUAGUCGAUUGGAGACACAGAGUUUCAGAUCUUAAUUCAUUUCAUCACACCGAAUGAGGCAGGGCGAAUUAAAGCACGGCUGACACAGAUUGGGAGAUACCGGGAGGAGUUUAAGAACAAUGUGGAGCAACGAGAAGCAGAGCUUCACUCUAGAUUGAAAAAUACAAAACAGUUUAUCCAAGAUCUCAAUGAGGUGGAAGGUUUCCUGAAUGGACUACAAGAAAAACUGAACGUACCAGUUACUUCCUGUACAUCAGCAUCAACAACAUAUAAAACUCUCCAUGAACAUAUGGAUGUAGUACAGCGUCUACAGCAGCUGGGGCCCAGGUUGAUGUCUCUGAGUCUGGGCUGGAGAAGGCUCCAUGAUGCCGGACAGCUGGAGAAAGCUGUGGUUGACCUUCAGCAAGUUCACAAAUUACAUACCCAGCAAGCCACUGAAAAACAAUCAAAACUGGAGAACCUGUUGACUCUGUGGCAAAGAUAUGAGAGAGAUCUCUCACUUUUGCAGUCCUGGUUGAACAGGUGUGAGUCUCUAUGCAGUUCAGAUUCUCCCUACCUGACCGCAGACAAUGUGAAGCUACACAGCCAGAUUCAGAUGCUGCAGGACAUGCAGUCAGAAGUUCCCUCUCAGGAGUCUUUGUUGGAAAGUUUGGAGAUCCGUGCAAAGUCUCUGUACUCUUCAGCUUCAGAGGAAAGGACCGCAGAGCUUAGAGAUCUUCACUGUAACCUGGAAGAAAGGUGGUGUUCUCUCAGUACCAGUAUACCACUCAGGAUUCGGGAACUUCAGUCCCAUCUUUCUAAGUUGGAGCAGUUCAGUCAGGUCUCGCUUGCUCUGACUCAGUGGAGUGAGAACUUCCUCAGGCACAUCCAAAGCACCUGCAAAGUCAGCAUAACUGAUCCACAGUCUGCUGAUUCCAAAACCAAGGAGGACAAGAUAUCCCUUCAGACCCAGGGAAAGUCUCUGGAGGCCUUACAGCCACAUCUAGAUGCUCUCAGCCCGUCUUUAGCCUCAAAAGACCUGCAACACCUCCAGAGAAGGAAGGAGGAUUGCCUUCAACUCUUCAGUGAAGCUCAGAGUUUAGUAGCACAUCGAGAUGAAGCUCUACUCAAAUUAAAAGACUUCUGUGAGACUUACAAUAAAGCCAGAACCACUCUACAGACAUUCCAGGAUGCUGUUGAAGGAAGAGGGAGCUGGGAUGACUCCAAAGUCAGGGAAAUAAAUCAGGAACUUGGGGACCUUGCCAAGGAGUUAGCAUGUCUGGAGGUGCAGGCUAUUAGCCUGGAUAUCAUCCUGAACAAAGCACAUUUUCAUUUGCAGGGGUCAGAGGAGGAAAGAACAUCCUGCAGAGGGCUGGUGGAUGAUGUUGUGUUGAGCGUGCAGGUGCUUCAGAGAAGCAUUGGGACAAAGCAGAGUGAGGCAGAGGCACUAGCUGCCAUGUGGAGUUCCUUUAGGGGACGGAAGGAGCUGCUGCUUGGGAGCCUGGCAAAGCUGGAGGACAGAGUCAAUAUACCGUGGCCUACAGAAGCCAGCACACAUGCCUUUCAACAGAGGUUGUGGUUGCUGAAGCAGUUGGAGGAAGAGAUCCAAGCCCUACAGCACAGUCAGCUGUGGUUGGGAGAAAGAGGAGAACAACUGGCACACAAAGACUCUGAGCUUGCAGGAGAUGCCCAACGGGACGUAGCCUUGGUCCAGUCCACCUGGGAGAGGACUAGGGCAAUUAUUGUGGAGGACCAUGACCUUUGUGCAAACCUUCUGGAGCUCUGUAGGGAAUAUCAGACCCUGAGAACCAGGAUCAGCUCGGUUGUAGAGAGAGCUCAUGCCGUCACAAUGGCCCAGUCGGACCCGCACAACCCUGAGGAUAUCCACAGAGCUCUGUCACGGCUGGAAGCGGUGAGGCCAGAGUUGGCGGCCACUAAGGAGGACCUGAAUAAGCUCAUUGUUGGCAAACGCCUGACCAGCGUACUGAAGAAGCUUCCAGAGGAAAGCAUUCAGAGUGAAAAUGUCACAAUGGAGAUGGAUGCCAUUGUUGAUCAGUGGCUGGAUAUCUCUGAGAGGACGGAUACAGACAUCAGUCUUUACACUUGCUCCCUUGAGCUGUGGAAUGACAUUAAUAAAAUGGCUUAUGACAUUGAGUGUUGGAGUGCCAUCUCUGUCAGUGAGCUCAGUGAAGAAGCUGCCAGUCUUCUCUCUGCUCAUGACAUGGAAGAACGCCUCUCUGAAUUCAAGCUGGAGUUGGAUAAUAAGGAGGAUGAACUGAAGACCUUGCAGGAAAAGAUGACACAGCUACAGGAACUGAUAAAAACCCAGCACACACACACUGAACUGCAGGUGAUGGCUGCAGAUCUGAGGAAGCGGAUUUCCCAUGCUGCAGAAGUGUAUGAACAGACCAAAGGCAUGUAUAAAGACUUCAACUCCCAGAGGCAGCAGCUUCUAGAACUAAUUUCACAGAUUUCAGAGCAGCUGAAGACCUCGGAGGACUCACUCUCAAAGUUUUCAACAUCCUCUGACCCAGAGAAUUUUGUUAAGAUCAAGGAGGUUGAGAGGUCACAGAAGCAUUUAGAAGUGAGUCUGGAUGUAGCAAAUGAGUCUCUCAGAGCACUGUGUAGAACAUACCCAACUAAGGACCUGACCCUGCUGGGUGAUGCUGUCUCCCACCUGGUCAAGAGGAAUGAGGAAGUGACACAACGCCGCAGCCAGAUCCUGGGGUCUCUUCAGGACACUCUACUGCAGCUCUUCAGUGAGAAAGCACAUGCUUUUCACCGUUGGCUGUCUGAGUUGAGGGCUGGAAUUGAGGACUGCUUUGAGCAAACAGGAGAUGCUGUUGCUAUUUCAGCCAAGCAACAAAAGCUCCAGACUGCAGUAAAGGAAGUCAUGGAGGGUGAGGAGCGCUUGGCUCGGGUUUGUGAGGAUGGAGAGAGACUCCUCUUGCAUCUCACCAAAUGUGGGACUGGAAGCAUACAGGAGCAACUGGACUCUUGUCAAUAUGCCUUGGAUUUAUUUGUUAUGGAAUGCCGGCAGCGCAUACGGGCUCUGGAAGAAAGUGCCAACCUAUUAAAUGGGUAUGAAAUGCGUGUGGUGGAGCUGAGCAACUGGCUGCAACAGCUGGAGGCAAGACUGAAGACAGAUGCUCCUCUGUGGGGUGAGAGUCAGUCUGCAGCCCCCAACUGCUCAGAAGAGCUGAGAAGAGUGGAGGAAAUCCACAGAGUGCUGCUGAUGAGGAGGGCAUCUCUUGAACGCCUGUGUCAGUCCUCUCUCACUAUAACAGAGAGAGGAUCUACUUCAGAGAAUAGUGUGGCAGCAGAGUUGCUCUCAAACCAUGAGGCUUUGCUGCAGGAGGCCAGGAGUCGACUCCGCAACCUGCAAGAGUACCAGGCAUUUGAGGAAGCACUAAAGGCAGUGGAAACCUGGCUGAAGGACGUUGAGAGGAACUUAGAGAAACUAGAGAACAUGGAGGGGAAUAAAAAGGAGGUGGAAGAGAAACUUGAGCGAGCACGGGAUAUCCUGCUUAUGAAGGGAGAGGGCGAGGUAAAGCUCAACAUGGCAGCCGGGAAGGCAGAGAUGGUCGUCAGGGACAGUGGAGAAGUGGAACGAGGAGUGAUUUGCUCUAAGCUUCAGGAAAUUGAAGACGCAUGGGCAGCACUGCUUUUGAGUGCAAUGAGUUGCCAUAGCCGAUUGGAAUGGACCGUUAAUCAGUGGGAUUUGUUCGUGGAGUCUCGUGCACAGCUGCAGAGAUGGCUGGAGGGAGUAGGGCUGGAGGUUAAAGGUCCUCUUGAGCCCCAGCUUGGACUCAGGGAGAAAAGAAAGCAACUGGAGAGACUGUGCUUGCUGUCAUCAGAUGUGGAGGACCACCAGGGAGCUCUGUGCUAUCUGGAGGAGAGUGCAGCUGAACUUUACAAACGCACCGGUGACCCCGUCUUUAAGGAGGAAGAAAUGGUUCUCCUCAGGGCACAGUUUGAGGAUGUCAAAGCUGCAGCAGAGGAGAGAGUCCGAUUGUCAGAGGACGUUGUCCUCGAACAUAAGAAGUACAUGGAAACAAACAGGGAGCUCACUGACUGGCUAAUGGUGGUAGGGGAGGAGCUUCAGCAACACUCUGACCCAUCCGGUGACCCUCCAGUCUUAAAUCAGAAACUGACUAAAGUCCGGGAGCUGCUGGAGCGCGGCGCGUGCGAGGGGCGUGAGCGGCUGCGGCGCGUGCGGCUGAGCGCGGAGAGAGCCGGAAGGCACACAGCGGCGGCGGGCUGUGAGCUGAUGGAUGGAGAAGUGGCGGCACUGGCUCGAGCGCUGCACCAGUGGGAGGGAGCUUCACUACGAGCUCGCGACGCCCUCGCGACGGCCGUGGCCGCGGCGACAGGGGCCGAGCGAGAGCAGACACGGCUGACAGCGCAGUUGGAGGAAGAAAUGCAGAAGCUGGGGGGCCAGCUGAAGGAGUGGAGCGAGGGACUGCGCAGCGCCGAGCGGAGGAAUAGCGGAGCUGCGGCGGUGGAGGGAUGGACGGUCGCCAAGGGUGUUCUGGAGGGGCUUCAGACAGCUGAAGUUAUGGAGGAGAAGCUAAAGGCGCAGCUCAAUGAGCUGUGUGGGUUUUCCAGUGAUCUGGGUCCACAGUCGGACAGAGUCAGCGCUCUCAUUAAGCUACACAACAGCCUAAGCCUACGAGCCUCCCGGGAAUGUCAGAAUAAAGAGAAACUGCUGGAACAACGCUUCCGUUCUUCUCUGCAUGACUUCCGGCAGUGGAUGGUCAAUGCCAACAUCUCUACCGCUAAAUGCUUUGACUCCCCUCAUAGCAUCCGGGAAGCCUCCAUCGCUCUCCAGCGGAUCCAGGAGUUCAGAAGUGACAAGGAGCAGGGUCAGACCAGACUGAACACUGUCCUGACCUGUGGAAAGCAGCUUAGUAGCGUGGUGCCUGCCGACAGAGUGGAGGCGAUCAGGACCAAAGCAAAUGCAGCCAAAGAUGACUGGAAGAGCCUGAUGGACAGCUUACAGAGAAGAGAGACGGCCUUACAGGUCUUGCAGUCUCAGAUGCAGGACUUUGAGGCAAGUGUGGAACCACUUCAAGACUGGCUGAACAGGACUGAGAUCAGUGUGCAAGAGAGCAGCGCUCGCCUCCAUGACCUGCCUGCCAAGAGACUAGAGCUCUCCAAACUUCAGACAUUGCUGGAGGAGAUGCGCUCCAGAGAAUCUGAAUUGGCAGAGUUGAGAGGGCGAGCACAUGGACUCUGGGAGGGUCAGGGCGCGGGGAAGAGCUUUGUGCAUCGAGUCUGCCAGCUAGCUGCAUGCUACUUGGCCCUGAGCAACCUGAUUAAGGAGAAAGUGUCAAGGGUAGAACGAGUGGUGGGGGAGCAUCAGCUUUUUUCAAAGGGCCUUCAGGAACUUCAGAACUGGGUUUCAGAGUCCCAACAGGUCCUCAAGACCUGCAGAUGCCCCACAUCUGACAAGAGUGUGCUUAUCACCAGAAUGGGCCAGCUCGAGACUUUACUGGCGGCUUGUCAGGGGAGAGAAAUCCAACUGAAGAUGCUCAUCACCAGAGGGGAGUCUGUCCAGAGGAACACCUCGGCUGAGGGUGUACCAGUGGUUCGCAAGCAGAUCCAGGACCUCAAAGACUCCUGGGAAUCACUCUUGUCAACAUCCAUACAGUGCAAGAGCCAGCUUGAAGGUGCCUUGUCACACUGGACAAGUUACCAGGAAGAUGUCAGUCAGUUUGAGUGCUGGAUGGAGCAAGUAGAAGAGAGCUUAGGAAACACAGACAAACACUACGCUGAAAUGAGGGACAAGACAGCCAAUCUAGGCCGUGCCAAACUCCUCUAUGAGGAAGUUCUUAGCCACUCUAGCCCUUUAGAGACCAUUGCGACCAAGGGUUCCAACGUGACUGAACAUACAGCCACCCAAUGGGAGAUCCAGAAAGUCAGUGAGAGAUAUACAGCCAUUAAAGUUAAAGCCAAGGCUGCUGUCAGUAAGGCAGAAGAAUUGGUUCUACUCCAUCAAGAAUACCAGCGAGGGCUGCACAUGUUUGAAGACUGGCUGGAGCAGGAGCAGAACAGUUUGACCCUCCUCAAACCUCUGGAUGUAGAUGUAAAUGCUCUGGAGAACACGUUAAAAGAACUGCAGAUGCUCCAGUCACAUUGCCCUAAGGGACAUAACUUGCUCAGCUCAGUUCUUGCCAUUCGAGAAAGAGUAAUUCCAUGGGGUCCCCCUCAAAUUGAGGAUCGGGCUCUGGAAACAGCACAGACAGAGUGGCAGGGUUACCAAGACCGGCUCGGCGAGACCAAAGUCCAGGUAGAGCAGGCCCUUGCAAGGGUUCAGCAACUAGAAGGUUUAUUCCAAAGCUUAGACCAGUGGCUGGUUGACAUGGAGCUUAAAGUUAAGGUGAGAAGCCAUCGUUGCUCUGAUGUCACUGCGAAGGAGGCCCAGCUACAACACCUGAAGCGGUGGCAGAUUGAGGCUGCUCAACGUCAGGCCGAAGUGGAAGGCCUUAGUACUCUUGCACAGCAAGUCGUAGAGGAUGCUCAUGUCAGUGGUCGGAUCAGUACCAGGGUUACCCAGCUCACUGCCCGCUACCAUUCCUUGCUCCUACAGAUACAGGACACCCUCAAACAGCUCCAAGAAGAGAUGCAGAAAAUCACAGAGGCUCAAAAUGCACUCAGGACCUUCUCUGAUUGGUUGAGCACAGCGAGGAAGAAUUUUAAAAUCGUUACUGAAAGGACAGAGGCUCUCGAUCGCAUUACAAUGGAAAAGAAGAUGAAGAGGCUAGAGUCUCUACAGGGGGACAUGGAUCAAGGUCAUAGCAUGCUUAAAACACUUCGAGAAAAUGCAGAGCAGGCCGUUUCUUUCUUGGAUGACCCUGGAGCAUCCAGACUAGAGAAGGAAGUGCGAACAGGUCGAUCACAGCUCGAAGAGCUUAUUCUGGGGCUACGGGAAGAGCAUGCAACCCUGGAAAGGAGCCUUGUGCUCUAUAAAGAUUUCCAAGAGCGCUACAAGAGCCAAAUGCAGUGGCUUAAGGAGACUCGAGCCCUUCUCAGUUCCACUGUUGAACCCAAAGUAGAACUUUAUCAGAGGAAAGCCCAGCUGAACAAGUACAAGGCUGUUGAGCAGAGUUUGCUAUCACGUGAUUCUGCCGUGAGCUUUGUGCUAGAGAAAGGAGAAACUCUGGUGACCCUCCUCCACUCCCCUUCCAUCACAGACAACAUGAUCAGACUACAGGCAGACUACCAGGAGCUGUGUGGCUCAGCAAGGACCCUCGUUCACAGAUUGGAGGCCCAGGUGAAGAAACAGGAAGCUUACCACAAAGAUGUACAGGAAAUUGAACGUUGGUUGUUGCAGAUGUCCACCAAGAUGGUGACUCCUGACCCAUCAUCAGGCAGUGGCCUGGAAGCUGCCACUCAGCAGCUAGCCAGACAUAAGGCCAUUAUGGAGGAGAUAGCAGGUUUUGAAGAGCGUUUGGAUACACUAAAGGAAAAGGGAGAGGAGCUGUUGUCCGGCUGCAGCGAGCUCCUCCAUGCUCGGCUUCGCCAGCAAAUUCAGAACCACCAGCAGGGAGCAAGAGACAGCUACUCUGCCAUCUGCAGCACUGCCCAGCGUGUGUAUCAGAGUCUGGAUCGGGAACUGCAGAAGCAUGUAAGCCUGCGUGAUACAUUGCAACAGUGUCAGACGUGGCUUUCAAAUGUACAAGAGGAGAUACAGAUUUCUCCACAUGCACCACACUGCCUACAGGAGGCGCUAGCACAGAUGAAGCAGGAUCGAACUCUGCAGGAACAGGCUAGUACCUAUUUGCAGCUGGUGUGCUCCACCUGUGAUCUUUCUGAUGAGAAAGUACGAGAGACAGCUGCUGAGAUACAGCAGGUCAAACUUCAGAUUGAGGAGAAGAUGCUGGAAUCUCAAGAACUAGCAGAUAACUGGAGAGAGAUCAAAGACUUGCGUUCCAACCUUGAGUGUCGUCUUCUUGAGGCUGAACAACUCCUCCAGAGCAUGUUAAGGAGGCCAGCUGAGCUCGAGCCAAAGGUUGCUCAGAACCAGCUGGACCAGGCUCAGGACUUUAUCCAGGAGAUGCGAGCCAGGCAGGUUGAUCUGACCCAGCUGAGAGAGAGCAUUAAUAGGCUAACGGCUGGUCAGGAGUCCCCUGAGCUUAUGGAAGUUGGGCGCCUGCGCUGUGCUUGGCUGGAUCUGGGCAGAGAGGCUGCACAGCUGCUGGAACAGAAAGAGGAGGAUCUACAGAGGAGCGGGGACUAUCAUGACUGCAUUUGUAUGGUGGAGGAGUUAUUUGACCAGCUGUCCAAGAAAUGGGAUCAGUUGGCCAGAGGAGAUAUUGAAAGCACAUCUGAGUGUCUGGAUGCCUUAAAGAAGUUAUCCACAGACCUGCAGGACCAGAGAUGUGUGCUCGAUGACCUUAGAAAUAAUAGGCACGGGAUCCUGCCUCGUCUGAGCUUAGAAGAGAGAGACCUGGUUAAGGAGCAGGUGGGUUACCUGGAGCAACGUUGGACCCAGGUGGAAUCCCUUGUCCAGCAGAAAAUCCAAGAUUCAGUGCAGACACUGGAAGAAUUGAGUCAAAUUGAGGACAAUUUGCAUGAGUCUCAAGAGUGGGCUGAGCUGCAGAAGCCAUCCCUGUCUGAGGUUCUCAAGACCAGCCCCCCUCCAGAUUUGGCACAAAGCUUUCUGUUUGAUCACUUGAGCUUUUGUGCAGAAUUAGAGGCCAAACAGAAGCUUCUGGCAGAAGCUGUGAAAGAUGCCAAUAGCCUUUCCUCUCGCCUCGGUCUUAAUGAAAGGAGGAUGCUGCAGACUUUGGUCCAGGAGGCACAGACAGAAGUAGAAUCACUUGGAACUAAGGCGGUUCAGUAUUGUAAAAGCCUCAGAAAAGUGUUUACAGAACGAACACAGUUCCUACAAGCCCUUGACAGAGCAGCUGAAUGGAUCAGGAAGCAAGAGCAGAGGGCUCUUGCAGAUGAUCAUGUGGCGCUCCUACCAAAUGUACUGCACAAGCAGGUGUCAACUUGUAAGAAUUUUACAAGCAGCCUAAGAGCGUAUCAGGUGGAGCUUACAUCUCUUUGGGUACAGGGAAGAGGAUUAGUGAAGGAUGCAACUGAUGAGGAGAAGAAGGAGACCCUUCAGAAGCUGGAGGAGUUGCAAGUUACCUUCGAGGCUUCCUUGCAGAAGAGCAUGGAGCAUCUGCAGCAUCUGGAGAAAGCACUAGUCAUUCGGAAGUACUUUAAGGUGGACCUUGACAGGAUCUGCGAGUGGCUAAAACAAGCAGAGGUAGCUACAUUUCCAAUUAUUGACUUGAGUGGGAAUGAUGAGGAGCUUCAGAACCAGCUGACUGAAUACCAACAGCUUCUUGAUCAUGCUUCAGAGUAUGAAAACCUUUUGCUCAUCGUCCAAAGGGCAGGACAGGAGAUUCUUCCAAACUUAAAUGAGGUAGACCACUGCUACCUAGAUGAAAAACUCAAUGGCCUUCCUCAACAAUAUAAUGACAUGCUGUUGUUGAUCAGAGAGAAACGCGACAAGAUCCAACAAGUGCUUUUGGACCGCAGGGAGUUUAAGUCCCUCAUCGAUGUCACACGAAAGGCUUUGAAGGAACUUCAGGAGAAAUGUGAUGGUUUAGAGAAGUCACCCAACCAAAGUCUAGAAGAUGGAGAAAGAUUGCACAGCAGUUAUGAAGAUCUCAUGAAAGGUCUUGCAAAUCUCUUUCAGGGAAUGAAAGAUCUUAGGGGUAAAACUCAGGAUUUCCUUGUCAUGGGUCAGCCAUACGCUCCUGAAGUCAUUGACCAGCUGGUUUAUCUCCAUGGCAGUCUUUACCAGCAGAUUGAAUGUAAGAUGAAAGAAAUAAGGAGAACAUUAAAGUUAUUAAAUGACCAUCGAACAGUUAUUGAGAAAAUGGACUAUAGCAUUUCUAGAUUAAAGGGACAGCUUGGCAAACUAGACUCCAAAGGAGAUGAGGAGACAGAUGCCAUGGAGAGAUUAUCUACACUACACAACCUAGCAAAAUUACUUGAAGAGGUUAGUUCCUAUCUAGAGGGUCUCGAAACACAAAAUGAUGACCUCAACCGGCACUUUGAAUCAAAGACCCUUAAGACUCAGGUUAUCUUCAGGGAGGAACAACUUCUUACUUUAAAGCAAAAGAUUAAUACACACAUAGAAGAAUGUGAGAGAGGUUUUAUGGGAAAUAAGGAUUUUCAAACUGAUAUUAAAGUAUCAAUAGACUGGCUCAAGAGUCUUUGGGAUCGAUUAAGAUGUCCAUUAAUGUUUGAAGAAGCAAUUGAGAUUGUGGAGGAGGAGGUCAGGUCACUGUCAGCACUUCAAGAAGAAAUGAAAUCUAGGUUUAGAGUAUUAGAAUAUGUAAUUAAUGAAAAGAAACAGAAGUACAUCAACGAUAAAAAGCCAUUUCCAAAAAUCUUUGAAACCACUUUAAUGGAUAUUCCAGAACUAAAGGAUGAUCUUCAACAAGCUGUCAACACCAAACAGGUGGCCUUGCAGUCUAUUCUGUCUCUACUCCAAAGAUACCACCAUUCCUUCCAAACUGUCCAGCAGUGGUUUGAGGACACUGGUGCUCUACUUAAGCAGGCCCUACAAGAUGUAGACCUAGAGAAAAUUUCAGAUUGCCUCAAGGACUUAGAAAAUAUAACAGGCCGGGAACAUUCAGUCAAGGGUACAAUGCAAGAAAUGCAAGAUCUAGUUCCUCAAAUGGGUGACUUUUUGAGCCCUACUGCAAUGAAGCAAAUCCAGCAACAUUGUGAGGAGUCUUAUCAUAAGGGCACAGAGGUCUUUGAGCAGCUAAAACAACAUCAAGACAACUUGCAACGAAGCAUAACUCAGUGGAGAUCCUUCCAAGAUGAAACAGAUAAAGUUAUCAGGCAGAUGAAUGAAGUAGAGAAAAGGAUGAUGGAGUUCACAACUGCCAGAGCAAACUCUGAACAAGAAGCUGAAGACAAGCUCUGCUUAUACCAGAAUAUUGUGUCAGAAGUUCAGGGUCUUGAAGAUGCACUGAACGGACUGAAAGUAAAAGCAGCACAGUUUGUUCAGCCUGCCAUAAAAGACACUUCUUCUCGGUCAGUUUGUUCAUUGAGCCAUCGGUGGACUCGGUUGUUUGGUGUUGCUCGAGCUCAGGUGAAAGCCCUCCAGGACUCUGCAUGUAACUGGAGACGCACAAGGGAGAAGCUGGAGAAAAUGCGAGCUGUCUGUGAGGACCUGCACAGUCGUGUUCCUGACAACAUGGUGGAAAAAGCCUCUAGUAUGGCAGCCCUACACAGCCUUCUGGAGUACCAUGAUUCCUUUAGUCGAGAGGGGGAGAGAGAGAGCAGCGCCCGGACCCUCCUCAGACACCAUGUGCUCAAACUGUUCCUCCAUCCUCAUGCAGCUGCAUCCACCACAGACAGAAAACACAACCAAGACAAUCCAUGUCUGCUGGAAUUUGAAGAGCAUUCAGGAGAAUAUGACGAAUUCGUGUGCAGGGCAGACGUGCUCAUGGAGGCCAUGCAGUUCUCACCGCCGCCAACCUUGAGCACGAGUUGCAGAUUGCCAGCAGAUGAAAUACCAGGUCCACAAUGCCGACCCUUCCGGUCUUCAGAGAUCAGCACCCCGCUGGCAGAGGUUACACUGGCUCUGAGUUCUACAGUAGAUCAGAGGAAUGUGGGUCGUGCUCUGUCUGAGCUAGAUGUGGCAGUGCAGGAGUUUGGUGAGCAAAAUCCUCUCCUAGCCAAACAGCUGUGCUCCAGCCUGAGUAAACUGACUGAGCUUCAGUGCUCAGACCAGCAGACUGGCAGAGGGACCUGGGGGAGACUGGAGAGUGACGUGAAGAGCCUCCAUCAGUCCAUAGAGAGAGUACAGGAGACUCUGGCCUCCCCUGAUCUGGCACGUCUCAGUCUCAGAGAACAGCUGACUCGAAGACCGGUGCAAGCUCGCUCACGAGGCCAUGGUGCAGUAUGGAGCAAUUACGAACCGGAAGUCAAGAACCUACAGAGACUUAUUGAAAGAAGCACCACCCGUGUUAUCAUGACCCCCGCCCUGUGUGCCACAGGAAACAUACAGGAGCUUCAGACACAGAUACAACAUCAACAGGAACUGGCCCUGAAGAUAAAAGGAUACCAGGAGCAGAUCUCGGCCUUGAACUCCAAGUGUAAGAUGUUGACUGUGAAAGCCAAACAUGCUACCAUGCUUCUGACAGUCAGUGAGGUUGAUGGACUCUCCGAUGGGUUAGAGGAGCUGGAGGAUGAGGAGGAAGAGAUGCCCAAACACCCACCAGCACACUCCUCUGUUGUCAUGAUGACGGCAGGCCGUUGCCAUACUCUCCUCUCCCCGGUCACAGAGGAGUCUGGUGAGGAGGGCACCAACAGCGAGGUCUCCUCUCCACCCGCCUGCAGAUCGCCCUCACCCGGGCCUAACGCUGAAACCUCUCAGUGUUCAGGGCGAGCUCCUUUAAGCAGAGCUCCACUCCAAGAGCUGUAUGACCCCUCCAUGGAGUCAGCCGCCUCAGCUAACCUGGACGACCUACAGCGCUCAUGGGAGACUUUGAAGAACGUGAUCAGUGAGAAACAGAAGAGCCUAUAUGAAGCUCUGGAGAGGCAGCAUUACUAUCAGGAGACCCUGCAAUCUGUCUCCACAAAGAUGGAGUCCAUUGAGACCGCACUAAACGAAGGCUUGGAGCCAAGCAAGAGUCCAGAGAGCCAGAUGGCCGCCCACCAGGCUCUGAUGGAUGAGAUCCUAAUGCUCCAGGAUGAAAUCAGUGCACUGCAGGCCUGCUUCUCCCGAGAGCUACAGUUGGAUGAGGACAGUUUGGAGGCAGAUUCCGGAGACCAGCUGGCCCUGCAGUCAACCCUCACUGUGCUAGGAGAGCGCAUGGCCACCAUCCACAUGAAGGCUUCCGGAAAGCGCCAACUUCUGGAGGAGCGAUUAAGUGAGCAGUUAGAAGAACAGAGGCAGGAACAAGCGCUACAGCGUUACCAUAGUGAGGCAGAGGAGCUUGACAACUGGCUGUUCAGCACACGUGCCACACUGAGCUCCACUCUCCAGCCACACCCACAGGACAUGGACAUGGAGGAACAGCUGACUGACUGCCAGAACAUGUUAUUGGAGAUCGAGCAGAAAGUGCUGUGUCUGUCUGAGCUGUCAGUGCACAGUGAGAGUUUGCUGAUGGAGGGAAAGGCUGGCACACGGGGUGACGCUGAGCAGCUCUCCCUCAAACUGCACAGCCUCAAAUCCAGUCUGCUGGAGCUACAGCGCAUUCUCCAAGACAAACAGACCCACAUCCAGGGCUCACUUCAGGAGCAGGAGGAUACUGAAUCAGACUCGUCUCUCUCUCAGAGCCCCAAUAUGAUGGAUUGGCUCAGUCAGGCGCGAUCCACACGCAACCAACAGCAUCAAGACACAGUGCAAAGACAGAGGGAAUUAGAGGAGCAGCUUGGUGAACAGAAGAAGUUACUGCAAUCUGUAGCAUCUAGAGGAGAGGAAAUUAUCUCACAGAGAACAACACCUAAUGGAGAGAGGUUUCCUGCAGAACUUUCUGAAGGGGAUGAUGGUCAGUGGCCUGAGAACAUGAGCACAAAUGAUCAGAUGAGAGUCAGAUGGGAGAAUCUGAGCAAAGACCUUAACAACAAACUGCAGCUGUCACUGAACACAAUGGAGCAGACGCCAUGUAACACGCAAUACCAGCCAUUAUCCAGUCCCUGUGGAGUUUUCAGAGGAGAGCAACUGAGUCAGGAUAUCCUGUCACCCCGAAGUCUGUUUGAAGGCUUUAGCCAAGAUUUGGAGGACUUGCCUCAGACAGGUGGUGCUGACAGUAAGCGUGCUCAUGCUCUGAAGAGAGCUCUCUAUGAGGCAGUUUCAUCAGCUUCCUCCUGGGUGGACAAUGCUGAAAAUGACCUUGUAUCUGGCCCAGUAUUACUAUCUGAUGACUCAGAGACUCACCUGGGCCACCUAGAGAGUUUGAGUAAGGAGGUAAAGAAUGUCAACGAGGAGGUGUGUAAAUGUCGGGAUGUGCUCGGAGGAACAGAGCAGCUAUGGGAUGGAGAAAGUGGAGAAAGUGUUAUGGUUGAGGAAGUGUUAGAUGGUUUGGAGGGGAGACUGAAGCUGCUGGACACAGUGCUGGAACAGAGAUGUGACACCAUGAAAGACAAGCUGCAGGAACUCUCUGUUUUCCAGACUCAGUUUAGACUGUUGCUUACGGCAGUCAGCGACUCAAAGUACCAGCUUUUACAGAAAAUGAAUGCAGUUAUGGAUCGACCUGCUUCUAAACAGAUGGAGAUUCUGGCAGAAGCAGAGGACAGUUUGAGGGAAUUUGAACAGAAAGUUUCUGAGAUGAGGAGCAGAGGAGAGACACUGCAGCCCAACCAGCUCUGCACUCAAGACCUUCUGAAACUACAGGAUGCUUAUGAAGAGCUGGUGGAGAUGGUGGGCUCCAAGCGGAGUGAGCUGAACCAGAGUUUAGUUCUGAAGGCUCAGUAUGAGAGAGCUUUACAAGACCUGGUAGAACUUCUGGACACCGCUCAGGAUAAAAUGGCUGCUGAUCAGAAGAUGAAAGUGGGAUCAGUGAUUGAGGUUCAGAUCCUUCUUGAUAAACACAAGGAGUUUUUCCAGGGGCUAGAGACACAUGUUGUCCUUACACAGGCCUUCUUCAGGCAGGUCAGUGGGUUGGUGGUACAGCGGGAGGUCCAGAGCUUGGAAGAGACUGUGGCUCAGGCCAAGGCUGUACUUAAACAGGCUCACAAACGAGGAGUGGAGCUGGAGGGCAUCCUGGAGUGGUGGAGCAGGUUGGUGGGUGACUAUCAGGCCCUGUACAGACAGCUGGAGGCAGUGGAAAGCAGCAUCCCCAGUGUAGGCCUGGUAGAAGAGACGGAAGACAGACUGAAUGAUAGAAUUACUCUGUAUCAGCGUCUGAAGGCCAGUCUCUCUGAGCGGCAGCAGCAGUUGUAUAAGUUGUUGGAGGAUGGAAAGAGGCUGCUUUUACAUGUGUCCUGCUCAGAGCUGGAGACUCAGCUCACUCAGCUGGGGGAGCACUGGCUCAGCACCACCACCAAGAUCAAUAAAGAGCUACACCGCCUGGAUUCCACCCUCAAACACUGGAUCAGGUAUCAGAGUGAGUCAGCUGAGCUUAGUCAAUGGCUGAGUUCAGCACUAGACCGCCUGGAGUUCUGGAGCACUCAGUCUGUUACGGUACCUCAAGAGCUAGAGACUGUCAGAGACCAUCUUCAUGCCUUCCUGGAGUUCUCUAAAGAGGUCGACGCCAAGUCUUCUUUGCGUGCCUCAGUUCAGAGCCAGGGGAAUCAGCUGCUCCGGUUGAAGAAAGUGGACACGGCAGCACUCAGGGCAAACUUGGCCCAGGUAGACACACAGUGGGCUGAUCUUCUCACUCGUAUCCCUGUGGUCCAGGAGAAACUACAUCAGCUGCAGAUGGAGAAGCUGCCAUCCCGUCAUGCAAUAACUGAACUAAUGAGCUGGAUAUCCCUCAUGGAGAAUGUUAUCCAAGAGGACCAGCAGAAGAUCAUGGGGGCAGUGGGAUCCGAGGCUCUGCAAAUGUACCUUCAGAAAUACAAGGGUUUUCGGAUCGACCUGUCCUGUAAGCAGCUGACGGUGGACUUUGUGAAUCAGUCAGUUCUGCAAAUCAGCAGUCAGGACGUGGAGGGGAAACGCAGUGACAAAACAGACUUUGCUGAGCGUCUUGGGGCCAUGAACCGCCGCUGGCAGAUACUGCAGGGACUUGUUACAGAGAAGAUUCAGGAUUUAGAGGGUCUGCUUGAAAGCAGGUUGGAGUUUGAGAACGUGGUUCAGACCUUGAAGACCUGGUUUAGUGUACAGGAAGAGAGACUCAAAAAGAAGCACAGGAUUGAGGAUGUUUCCUCAGCCCAGAAUGCGCUCAAAGAUUGUCAGGAAAUGGAAGUGUUGGUAAAGGAGAAAGAGAAGGAUCUGGAGAAGGCUGAAGAGAAAGGAUGCUUAUUAAUUCAGGAUAAGAAAGGCGAGGCUGGCUCUGUUAUUAUGGACACUCUAAAAGGUCUAAACCAGUCUUGGGCCAAUCUGGAUCACAUGAUCGGGCAGCAGAUGGUCAGUCUCCGGUCAGUGCUGGAGCAGUGGAGCCUGUAUAAACAAGCAUAUGAGGAGAUUCAGGGCUACCUGAUGGAGGGACGUUACACCAUUUCUCGUCUGUGUCUUCUCACUGGCUCCCCAGAAGCUGUGCAGGUUCAAGUGGAGAACCUUGAGACUUUACAAGAUGAGCUGGAGAAACAGGAGAGCAGUUUACGGAAACUUGGCUCCAUAACACAACAGCUGCUGAGGGACUCUCAUCCCUCAGUGAGCGAUUCACUCAACACAGCACUGGGUGAUGUAAAUCUCAGGUGGAACAUGCUGCUGGAACAGAUCUCAGAUCAGCUGAGGAGGAGUAAGAGCCUGCUGCAGCUGUGGCAGCAUUACAAAGCACUACAUGCUCAAAGCAGCACUGACAUCCAGAAACUAGAAGAUCAGGUGGAACAGCUACUCAAGAGCGCCACCCACAGGGACAUCACAGAACAGGAAGUGAAGGGUCUUAUGGCAUCUGAGGGAUCCGUAGAGUCUGUCCUUCAGCAGCUGGAUGAGUUUUCAGAGCAGCUGAGGCAACAAGUGGACCCCUCUGCCAUGACAACCUUCCAUACAGACCACCUGUCACUCACUCAGCGAUUAGCAACAGUUGGACAUGCCCUCCAAAGACAGCAGGCUCUGCUAGAGGCUGGUGUGAGGAACUAUGAGAGGUUUAGUAAUGAGUUACAUUCUCUGAGCCACUGGUCAGAAGAAGCUGAGAAGGUUCUGAAGGAACCAGACCCAAUCGGUUCUCCAGAUAUCUCAUCUGUGGAGGAACACAUGGAAAAACUUAAGACCCAAAUGUUAAAGCUGAGCAGUCUUUCUCCUGAUCUGGAACGUUUGAAUGAGUUGGGUUAUCAGCUUCCCCUCAACGAUAAUGAAAUCAAGCAUCUGCAGAACCUUAACAGGAGUUGGUCAUCUAACUCUGCUCAUACAAUUGAGAGAUUCAGUAAACUGCAAAGCCUGGUAUUGCAAAGACAGAGCUUCUUGGAGAAGUGUGAUGCUUGGAUGACAUUUCUUACCCAAAUAGAGGAGAAACUGGCCGCUGAUAUCUCUGGAAACUACCAGAGCCUGCUAGACCAGCAGAGAGAGCAUGAGCUAUUCCAAGCGGAGAUGUUUAGCAGACAUCAAAUUCUAUACUCUAUCAUCAAUGAUGGACAUCAGCUCCUAAAUCAGGGACAAGUGGAAGAAAGGGAUGAUUUUGGUAUGAAACUAGCACUGCUUAGUAACCAGUGGCAAGGUGUGGUGAGGCGUGCCCAGCAAAGACGGGGGAUUAUUGACAGUUUGGUUCGGCAAUGGCAGCGGUACACAGAGCUGAUAGAGAAACUGCAUCAUUGGCUGCAAGAAGUGUCAGUGGAACCAGAACAACAACAAGGGGCAACAGUAGCACUACAGCAGAUUCGUGGAAUGUUAGACCACAUACAGCUGAAGGAGCGUGUGCUCCAGAGGCAACAGGGCAGCUACAUUCUCACAGUGGAGGCCGGGAGGCAACUCCUCCUGUGGGCUGAUGCCAGAACGGAGGCCUCGCUUCACACUGAGCUGACUGAUGUGCAGGAGCACUGGAGAACAAUUAACAUCCGUCUUGAUGAGAAGAAGAAAGAACUGCUUUCUUGGUUAAGGGACUGGGAUCAGUGUGAAAAAGGAAUUUCUGCAUCACACGAGAAGCUGAGGGACUUUAAGCAAAAGCUCUCUGUGCCUUUACCCGACCACCAUGAGGAGCUGCACACAGAACAGAUUUGCUGCAAGGAAUUGGAGAGCAGUGUUGAAGGCUGGACUGAUGAUGUAGCCGGGCUGUGUAUUCUGAGGGAGUCUCUCUCCAGCGGCCUCAGUGCUGAUGACCUCACAGUCUUACAGGAGAGACUUAUACUACUCCAGAGACAGUGGGAGGAGACCUGUCACCAGCUGUCCCUGCGCCGGCAGCAAGUGAGCGAAAGGCUGAACGAGUGGGCCGUGUUCAAUGAGAAGAACAAAGAACUGUGUGAGUGGCUCACACAAAUGGAGAGCAAAGUCUCACAGAACGGCGACGUCAGCAUUGAGGAGAUGAUUGAGAAACUCAGGAAGGACUAUCAGGAAGAGAUCUCAGUGGCCAAAGAGAACAAGUAUCAGCUGGAACAGAUGGGGGAGAGAUUGGCUCAGGCCAGCCAUGAAAGCAAAGCUGCAGAAAUCCAAUACAAACUUAGCAAAGUCAAUGAGCGUUGGCAGCAUCUGCUUGACCUUAUAGAAGCAAGGGUAAAGAAGUUGCGGGAGACACUGGUGGCCGUGCAGCAGCUAGAUAAGAACAUGAGCAGUUUGCGCUCCUGGCUGGCUCACAUCGAGACUGAACUCUCACGACCCAUCGUGUAUGAAACCUGUGACUCACAUGAGAUCCAAAGAAAACUUAACCAGCAACAGGAUCUGCAGCAUGACAUUGAGAAGCACAGCACGGGUGUGGCAUCAGUGCUGAACCUGUGUGAGGUGCUGCUGCAUGACUGUGAUGCCUGUGCCACAGAGACCGAGUGCGAAUCCAUCCAGCAGGCCACACGCGGCCUUGAUCGCCGUUGGAGAAACAUCUGUGCUGUUGCCAUGGAGAGGAGGCUGAAGAUUGAGGAGACGUGGAGGUUGUGGCAGAAGUUUCUGGAUGAUUACUCCCGUUUUGAAGAGUGGCUGAAAGUGUCAGAGAGGACAGCAGCUCUGCCCAACUCUUCUGGAGUGCUGUACACUGUCGCUAAAGAGGAGCUGAAGAAGUUUGAGGCCUUUCAGAGACAGGUACAGGAGUGUCUGACCCAACUAGAGCUGAUCAAUAAGCAGUAUCGAAGGCUAGCACGUGAGAACCGCACAGACUCCUCCUGCCAUCUACGACAAAUGGUGCAUGAUGGUAACCGGCGCUGGGAUAUACUACAGAGGAGAGUAGCUGCCAUCUUGCGCAGACUUAAGCAUUUCAUUGGUCAGAGAGAGGAGUUUGAAACAGCCCGGGAUGGUAUUCUGGUAUGGCUGACUGAGAUGGACCUGCAGCUCACCAACAUCGAGCAUUUCUCAGAGUGUGACAUUCAGGCCAAGAUCAAACAGCUAAAGGCAUUCCAGCAGGAGAUCAGUCUGAACAUGGGGAAGAUGGAGAGUGUGUUUGGGCAGGGGGAGGUGCUGAUGAAGAAGAGUGAACCUCUGGAUGCUGCUGUCAUAGAGGAGGAGCUGGAUGAGCUGCAGAGAUACUGUAGGGAGGUGUUUGGUCGGGUGGAGCGCUACUACAGGAGACUCACACGCCUGCCGCUAACCGAUGAUGAGUUUGAAGGCUCAGAUCGUGAAUUCGAGUCAGGUGACCUCUCAGACCUUCAGUGGGGUGAGGAUGGUGCCAUGCCCCAGACAUCUAGUAGACCACCUUCAGCUGGCACUGUUCCUGUUCUCACAAACGGCUCUGGCCGGGACACCCCUGCCAGUGUAGACUCCAUCCCUCUGGAAUGGGACCACGACUAUGAUCUGGACCCCAUGGGCCAUUCCAUGUCUACACAACAGGGCAGACAAAAAGAUGAGGAUGAGGAGUUACUGUGUUUGGCUACUGCAGCACUUACAGACGUAGUGAUUCCUGAGAGCCCUGAAGCUUAUAUAAAACUAACAGAAAACACAUUGAGGUCCUCCUCUGGUGAAGCAGUUCGAUUAUUAGACAAUAUAAUGGACACCAGCCACUACAGCCUCCAGCAGACAGAUGGCACUAUGGGUGGCCAUGACUCUUCUUACAUGGGCUAUAUGCGGCUAAUGGAUGAUUGCCAUGGCAGUCUGAAAGCAGUCAAGAGGGUUGAGGGGGAGCUGGAGGAGGAACAAGACAACCUGUCAGGACUGAGCAAUCCUGAUAACACAGAGACACAGAGCACCGGUGUCAUUGAGCGUUGGGAGCUGAUCCAGGCCCAGUCUGCUGAUUCAGAUCACAAAGAGAGAGAAAACCUGGUGCUAUGGCAAAAGAUGACCUCUGACCUGGACGCCAUGGAGGCGUGGCUCGGUCAGGCUGAGGCGGAGUUAGAAGAACUGAGAAGGAAAGAUCUCAGUGCAGAUAUACACACUAUUGAGCAGAGAAUUAGAAAACUCAAGGAGUUGCAGAAGGCAAUGGAUUCCCAUAAGUCCAAAGUACUGUCCAUCAACUUAAACAGCGUAACACUACUCCAGUCAGUCUCAGAGGAGAGCCAGGAUCUACAAGCGAAACUGAAGGAGAUGAACUCACGCUGGGAUCGACUGGGAAAAUCUCUUAAGGAUUGGAGAACAGCACUUCAGGAUGCUCUGAUGCAGUGUCAGGAGUUCCAUGAGCUGAGUCAUGGUCUUCUUCUCUGGCUGGAAAACAUCGACCGCCGGAGAAAUGAGAUUAUCCCAAUAGCAUCAGGGCUAGAUCGGCCUACACUUCAAGCUCAUUACAGAGCACUGAAGCAAAUCCAGCGGGAGCUGUUGGAGACUGAGCAGAAGGUGGACAGUCUGCAGGAGCUCUCAGGGCAGCUGCUGGUGCAGACACAUGGCGGCGAAUGUCUGGAGGCCCAGGAGAGGGUGCACGUCAUCGGGAACCGUCUGCAACUGCUCCUGAAAGCUGUGGCCACUGACAUGGAACUGCUAGAAAAAGAGCUCCAGGCUUCUGGGAACAGACAGGAUGCAUCCCUCUGGUCUGUUACGGAUAACGCAGAUACUUCUGGAUUGGUCAGUCCUGUUUCAGAGGUCAGCGUUUCCACUAAACGACAAUCGCUACGAGGCAAAUGUAGUGUGUCAGAACCAGGAUCCUCAGCCAGACUUCCACGUCACAGGUUGCCCAGCGGUUCUGGCUGCGUUUCGUCUCUCUCUGGUUCCUCCGGGUCACAAGGUGGCGCUGCUGUGGCUCGCUGCCAGCCCUUUCUGCUGCGGGUGCUCAGGGCAGCUCUGCCACUGCAGCUCCUGCUGCUUUUCAUAGUGGGCCUGACCUGUCUGGUGCCCAUGACUGAGCAGGAUUACAGUUGUGCCCAUGCGAACAAUUUUGCCCGGUCUUUUCAUCCCAUGCUCAGCUACAUGAACGGCCCACCGCCUGUAUGAGCAGGAGGACAAUUUAGCAAUGCCUUCUUCUGGUUCAUAUUAAACUGCAGGACACAGAAUGGACUAGUGUUAUCCAAAGCUGAUUGUUCCUGUUCCUGUACAGUUACUGCUGCUAAUUUCAUUUUUCACUAAACAGAGUACAAUUGAACUCAUUGCAAUGUAGAGUAGUGUUGGACAGCCAAACUGGUUAACCUUUUCUGUCCCAAGGAAACAGAAGAAAAACUAUGAAACUGUAUAUAAUUAUGUACUUAAUAGCACUGACAUAAGCAUAAGGUACUGCACUUAUACCGUCCAAGAAAAUGGCCAUAAUUAUUUGCUUAGGCUAAGGAAAGUGUUUUAUUUUUAUUUUUGUAUUAUUUAAAAUUGUAGAAAAAGGUUAUUUUGAAUAUUAUUUAAAUAAUAUUUGGCAUGCCAAAUCAAAUUUUAUUUUUAUUUUAUGGCAUGGAGUUCACGUUUUUUAAUUGUUCAGAAAUGUAAAACAGUCACUUAUGUAGCUCUAUGAGAGAAGUGUGCUUUUUAUUACCGUUAUCUACUUACUGUAUCUUAAUUUGUGUGUUAUGACAAUUACAGGGUGACAAAAACAUUAUGAUCGCGAUGUCUAUUUCUGUAUGUACAGUUUGCUAAUACUGACAAUAAAGACACAUCUUUUCAUUUAAUAUAUAUAUACA